UCUAGGAAGUUGUGGAUUAGGGUUUAAAGCUUCUUUCCCUGCGUAUUUAUUCUCCACAGAGCCGGGCUUCGUUCUGUUUGAUCCAUCCCUUUUUCCGGUACCUGUGACUGAGAGAGCCAGAAAGCUUUCUUCUCAGAUCGAGAGAUUCAAAGUAAAGUAAGCGAUGGGUCGUGUAAUCCGAGCACAAAGGAAGGGAGCAGGGUCUGUCUUCAAGUCCCACACACACCAUCGCAAGGGCCCUGCUCGCUUCCGCAGUCUCGACUUCGGAGAGCGAAAUGGGUAUCUGAAGGGGGUCGUGACCGACAUCAUCCACGACCCAGGCCGAGGCGCCCCACUCGCGAAAGUCACCUUCCGUCAUCCCUUCCGAUACAAGCACCAGAAGGAGCUUUUCAUUGCUGCUGAGGGUAUGUACACGGGUCAGUUCCUCUACUGUGGCAAGAAGGCCACUCUGAUGGUUGGGAACGUGUUGCCUCUUCGUUCCGUCCCUGAAGGUGCUGUGGUCUGCAACGUUGAGCAUCAUGUUGGUGAUCGAGGUGUUAUCGCUAGGGCAUCAGGUGAUUACGCCAUCGUCAUCAGUCACAACCCUGAUAAUGACACCUCCAGGUUCGUUGUAUACCUCUCUCUUCUUCUCCUCUCCCUCUGUUUGUUUUUCCACUAGUAAUUAUAAAUAAUA